CGAUUCGCGUGGAAGCGCGUAGUCGAAUUUUUUUCGACCCCUUGCCCACAAUAACGCGUCAUAAGUAAUUCUCAGCACGUGAUGCGUAUUUCUCAGUCCUCACUAAUCCGUGCGGCGGCGCUGCUCUAAGACUCAUCGUGAGAUUUCAGGGCCGAUAUAGUCCUGCUUCCCGGUUCUGCUCCUCUUCACUGCUCAAUUACUCUUCUUCCAAGCAAUGACCGUCGCGAACCUGACCUCGCCGGCUUUUGACCUCAAGGCCAUCACCAGGCCAAACAUCUACUCCCUCGAGCCUUACCGUUGCGCGCGAGAUGACUACAAAACCGGUGUUCUUCUCGACGCAAACGAGAAUGCCUACGGACCGUCGCUCAAAAUUGAGGAGAUGAACCUCGACGACAACGCCGUUCUUUCCGCAAAACUGCUCGCCGGCCUCAACAGAUAUCCCGACCCCCACCAAGAAGACGUCAAGCAGCUUCUCUGCAAUCUGCGAAACGAGCCCUCGAAAGAUGACCCGUCAGUCGUGCCCUUGACUCCUGAGAACCUGUACGUUGGCGUCGGCUCAGACGAGUGCAUUGACACCGUCAUCCGCUGCUUCUGUGCCCCCGGCCGCGAGAAAAUGCUCACAUGCCCACCUACCUACGGCAUGUACGGUGUCUCCGCAAACGUCAACGACGUCGAAGUCGUCAAAGUCGACCUUGACCUCGCGACCCCCGGCUUCCCUGUCCGCACAGAUGCCGUCUGCGAAGCGCUUACCAACGACCCUUCAAUCCACGUCGUGUACCUGUGCUCGCCUGGAAAUCCUACGGCCUCGCUAGUUGACCCCGCUGCCGUCAAGAAAAUCCUCGAGCUGCCGUCAUGGAACGGAAUCGUCGUCGUCGACGAGGCGUACAUUGAUUUCUCCGCUCCCGGAAGCUCUUUGGCUCCCUGGGUGACGAAAUACGACAACCUCAUUGUCAUGCAGACCGUUUCGAAAGCGUUCGGCAUGGCGGGUAUUCGUCUCGGAGUUUCCUAUACCUCUGCUCCGAUUGCGAGAAUACUCAACGCCGUCAAGGCGCCUUACAACAUCUCCUCCGUCACCAGCGAACUAGCUCUCCUCGCUCUAUCCCCCGAAAGCAUCGCAAACAUGCGAGUAAAGCUUGCCGCAAUCAUCGAGCAGCGCGAUAGACUUUUGACCGAACUGCCCAAGAUCCCCGGCGUCGGGAAAUUCAUUGGCGGCAACGACUCGAAUUUCUUGCUCGUCCAGAUCCUCGACAAGCCCGGCGGCGAGCCGUCUUCGGCUGUCGCUAAUAAGGUCUACGAAACACUGGCGCAAAACAAGGGAGUUGUUAUUAGAUUUAGAGGAAAGGAGCCCGGUUGUGUUGGUGCGCUGAGAAUAACCGUCGGUACAAAAGAGGAGAACGAUGUCUUGCUCGAGAAAAUGGCAGAGACGCUUGCCGCUACCUACGCCUGAUCUCUAUUUGUACAAGUAUCCUCUAUUCUGUAAGAGUAACGGAGUUUUGUUUAAUAAAUAGAUUGUUGAU